AAGGUUUGUGUGAUGAAGAGAGGGAAAUAUGAGGAGAAGAUACUUGAGCCGAUGUUUCCUCGACUUCAUGUGAACGAUGCUGAUAAAGGAGGGCCUAGAGCUCCUCCAAGAAACAAGAUGGCUCUCUAUGAGCAACUUAGCAUCCCUUCUCAGAGGUUUAGUAGUGAUCAUGGAUCGUUGCCUCGUAACACCAGCACUUUGGUUCCUCCUGUUGGAUCAUCUAGUCAGCCUUGUAGCGUGGAAAGAAACUUAUCUGCCCAGCAUCUUGAUUCUUCAGCUGCAGUCCAUGCAACUGAGAAGUUUGUCUCCCAAAUGUCGUUCAUGGAAAAUGUGAGAAUUUUGGCACAGCAUGAUCAGAAAAAAUUAGUAAGAGAGGAGGAUGAUUUCGCAGUUCCAGUAUUUAUUAACUCAAGAAGAUUUCAGUCUCAUGGCAGAACCAAGAGAGGUGUUGAGAAGGAAAGACACACCACAUUGGUCAAGGGGAGCGCUAAGCGAGGUGGCUUUGUAAACUCUGUGGAUGUAUCAGCUACAGAGGAAAUGGAUCUUGAAAAAUCAUCAUCGAGUUGUGACAGAGUUAAUGAUUGUAAUGAUUCCUUGAGAGAGGAGUCUAGAAAUAGGUUAGGCCGAGAUGGUGGUGAAACUCGAGCGAUGGACACUGAUAAUGGAGUUGAAUCUCACUUGGGAUCAGAAUGUCAUUCAGAAGAGGGUCAUGACAAUCCUAAUGACGUUGAUAAUGGUCGUGAAUACUGCACAAGUAGAGGAUAUGUCUCUCUGCAGCAGAUAAAUGAAGAGGCGAGCGAUGAUGUUUCUGAUGAUUCGAUGGUGGAUUCUAUAUCCAGCAUAGAUGUCUCUCCUGAUGACGUUGUGGGAGUAUUAGGUCAAAAACGUUUCUGGAGAGCAAGGAAAGCUAUUGCCAAUCAACAAAGAGUAUUUGCUGUUCAACUAUUUGAGUUGCACAGACUGAUUAAGGUACAAAGACUUAUUGCUGCAUCACCGGAUGUCUUGCUCGAUGACAUCAGUUAUCUUGGAAAAGUCGCUGUUAAAAGCUUUCCAGUGAAGAAGCUCCUUCCAUCAGAGAAGCCUCCUCUACCACAAGUUAUCAAACACAGCGGCCGCGACUCCGCGGAGAAGACCGACCAACAUAAAAUGGAAUGCUCGGCUGAGAACGUAGUCGGGAAGAUGUCAAACCAAGUUCAUCAUCAACCUUCCAACUACAUGCCUUUUCCGAGCAACCAAGCCACUGCUAAUGGAUGUUACUUUCCUCCCCAGCCUCCUACUUCAGGAGGAAAUCAGCAAUGGUUAAUCCCUGUAAUGUCUCCUUCCGAAGGUCUGAUAUACAAGCCGCAUCCAGGUCCAGGACACACAGGACCUCCGGUCUGUGGAGGGUAUUAUGGUCAUUACAUGCCUGCUCCUAUGGUAAUGGGUAAUUUCAUGGGCGGUGGUGGUCAACCUCCGUUUCACCCGGGGAUGGGCCUUGCAUCUCUGGGUAAUGGCUACUUCCCUCCUUAUGGUAUAAUGCCACACACCAUGAUGAAUACUUAUUGCUCCGGCCAACAACAACAACAACAACCCAAUGAGCAUAUGAAUCAGUUUGGGCAUUCAGUAAAUCUUCAGAACGCAUCAGGUUUGAACAACCAACAACAGAGCUCGGUUAACGAAGAGGCGGCGCAACAACAGCCGGCGAAAUCAUAUCAUCGGGCUAGAAAGAGCAGGCAAGGGAGCACAGGAAGCAGCAGUUCAGAGGGAAUCUCCGGUAAGAACUCCUUUCGGCCAUUCUCAGCGGUUGAUGAGGACAGCAUCAACGACCAACCUGAGCAAAUGAUGACGACAACGACGACCACAACAAGAACAACUGUUACUCAGACGACAAGAGAUGGAGUAGGAGGAGUGACGAGAGUGAUCAAAGUGGUUCCACACAACGCGAAGCUGGCGAGUGAGUAUGCUGCAAGGAUUUUCCGGUCAAUUCAAGAAGAACGUAAACACUACGACUCCUUCUCUAACCACUCUUAA